AUUAACCCUUUCACUCUCCUCAUCAUUUACUUCACAAUUUUUUCAGGCCCAAUAGUCACUAUGCUCAGCUCCAGUUUCUUUCUUAUAUGAAUUGGUUUAGAAAUAAACCUACUAGCCAUAAUUCCCCUUAUAAUUAAUAAAUCAAACCCACGAUCCAUAGAAGCAUCAACAAAAUACUUUAUUACUCAAGCUACAGCAUCAAUAAUCUUUCUUAUAUCAGUUAUCCUCAACUAUAAACAAAUAGGUCUAUGAACAUUUCAACCACAAACUAAUAAUCUAACUACAACACUAAUUUUUAUUUCACUGUCAAUCAAAUUAGGCCUUUCUCCAUUUCACGCCUGACUUCCUGAAGUUACCCAAGGAAUUCCACUCAAAAUGGGAUUACUUUUACUCACCUGACAAAAAGUAGCCCCAAUGACUAUUUUACUUCAAAUUUAUCAAUCUAUUGAUAUUAAUAUCCUAAUCCCCUCUGCCCUUAUCUCAGUACUAGUUGGAGCAUGAGGAGGCCUAAACCAAACACAAACACGGAAAAUUAUAGCUUAUUCAUCCAUCUCCCAUAUAGGCUGAAUAAUCUCUAUUCUCCCAUACAACCCAUCACUUACAAUUAUCAAUCUAAUUAUCUACAUCAUAUUAACACUAGCUGUAUUCUUAAUUCUACAUACCCACUCUUUCUCGUCUAUCAAAACUAUAUCACUACUAUGAAAUAAAGCACCAGUAUUAUUACCAAUCAUAGCCAUAAUUUUAUUAUCAACAGGAGGACUCCCACCACUAACAGGAUUUAUACCUAAAUGACUUAUCAUCACUGAGCUUCUUAAAAAUAAUAACCCCAUUAUAGCCUCCAUUAUAGCCAUCGCAGCACUAAUUAAUUUAUUCUUCUACACUCGACUAAUCUAUUCUACCUCAUUAACAACCUUCCCUACAAAUAAUAACUCAAAAAUGUAUAUUCAACAAACAUCCAAUAAAAUAUACCUCACCCUACCCUCAAUAAUUAUCCUAAGCACCCUUACACUUCCCCUUUCUUCCCUAGCAUUAU